AUGCCCAGCAAAAGGAAGAAGAACAAGCGCCGCAUGAGAAGGGUGGUAAGUGCGCACACCAGGGUUCCUUCAGUUUCUCCAUAUUGUAGCUAAUUAUGAUUAGGUUAUUAUACUUUUUUCAAUAAUCCGUGCUACACGUGUUCCCCUCCACUCCUGUAAUUGAAGUGCAUUGAACAGUUCAUCCAUUGGAAUUCACCAAACAUCAAACAAUAUAUCACUGGAUUAAUGAUCGGGACCAUGAUCGCGCAAACCUCUUUGUAGGCUAACAAAAUAGUUUUUCACAUUCUAAAUUACUGGUCGUUUUUUUAAAGGUGAGUUGAUGCAUGCGAAGAAACCACUGCCAAGAUGUCCUAAUAAUUUCCAAUCCAUCAGCCUGGUUUCAUAGACCAGACAUAACAUAGUAAACAAAUUAGUAUGAAAUGUUACAUUUACAUUUUACAUUUGGUAUGGUUACAUAAGACUGAGGUUACUUAUGGCAAAAAUGAAAGGAGGGUGGUUCGUCGGGCGUAUAACGCAAACAUCUAGUCCCCUGUAGCUCAGUUGGAAGAGCAUGGCGCUUGCAACACCAGGGUUGUGGGUUCAUUUCCCACGGGGGGCCAGUAUGAAAAUGUAUGCACUCACUAACUGUAAGUCGCUCUGGAUAAGAGCGUCUGCUAAAUGACUAAAAUGUAAAAUGUAAAUCUAGCAACCCAAAGGUUACUUAGCAUGUUGGCUAACUCCUAACCCUAAUCCAUAGCCUAGCUAACGUUAGCCAUCUAGUAGUCACCUACCUAAGCCACAACAAAUUGGAAUUCGUAACAUAUCAUACAAAUUAUAAUUCGUAACAUCAUAUGAAAUGAAUGAUGGGCAUCCACAAAUUAAUACCAUACGUAACAAACUAAUUUAAACCCCCCCCUGAUAUACUAUGUUACGUCUACCCCUGAGUCCAGGUUGCACAAUCCAUAUAUCCCAAUCCACCCAGCUACAUGAUGGGCACCAUGUGUUGAAUGUAGCUUGUCUGGCUAAAUUUACAUUACAUUUUAGUAGAUGCUCUUAUCCAGAGCGACUUACAGUUAGUGAGUGCAUACAUUAUUUUUUAUACUGGCCCCCCGUGGGAAUCGAACCCACAACCCUGGCGUUGCAAACGCCAUGCUCUACCAACUGAGCUACAUCCCUGCCGGCCAUUCCCUCCCCUACCCUGGGCCAAUUGCGCCACUCGGGAGCUACAUGACCAGCACCCUGCAUUGGAUGUGGCUUGUCUAACUGUUUUAUUUAGGAUACUCCUGGCUCGGUUCCACUCCACGCACGGUGCGCAUAGUUGAUCUCGCUGUGUACUUCGCUCUGGAUAAGAGCGUCUGCUAAAUGACUAAAAUGUAAAUGUACUUGGCCAAGUAGGUUAUCUAUCAUUUGUAUUAAUUUUUUUGUACUUUUUAACCCAAUUUCGGGGAUAAUCCAAUUGGUAGUUACAGUCCUUGUCCCAUUGAAGGUCGAGAGCCAUGCGUCCUCAGCCAUGCUGCACUGACUGUAAGUUGCUCUGGAUAAGAGCGUCUGCUAAAUGACUAAAAUGUCAAUGUACUUGGCCAAGUAGGUUAUCUAUCAUUUGUAUUUAAUUUUUUGUACUUUUUACCCCAAUUUCGUGAUAUCCAAUUGGUAGUUACAGUCUUGUCCCAUUGAAGGUCGAGAGCCAUGCGUCCUCAGCCAUGCUGCACUGCUUCUUGACACACUGCUCGCUUAACCCGGAAGCCAGCCGCACCAAUGUGUCGGAGGAAACACCGUACAGCUUGCGACCAACGCCAGCGUGCAUGUGCCCGGCCGCCACAAGGAAUCGCUAGAGCGCGAUGGGACAAGGACAUCCCAGCCGGCCAAACCCUCCCCUAACCCGGGCGACGCUGGGCCAAUUGUGUGCCGCCUCAUGGGUCUCCCAGUCGCGGCCGGCUGCGACACAGCCCGGGAUCGAACCUGGAUCUGUAGUGACGUAUCUAGCACUGAUCAGUGCCUUAGACCGCUGUGCCACUUGGGAGGCCUUAUCUAUAAAUUGUUAUAAAGAAUCUGUGACACGGCCAUGCUGGUUCUGAGAUUUUGUUGUAAAUUUGAUUGAAGGUUUAUCGCUAGCACACAUCAUAGGCACAAAAUGCGCGCAACAACACAGUGGGGUGCACUCCGUGUUUGCGGCUACAAUUGCUUGGCCAGUCAUUUAGGCCUAAACUUUCACCUAUGUAAUGUUAUCCAGAGCUCUGUAUAGUUCUGCAGUAAGCCAGUAGGCCUAACAUUGUACAUGCACUACACUAGAGAUUCCUUGCAAAUACUUCUCAGUAUGGUGAGAAGGAAGUUAUCCUAAACACUCUUCCCCAUAGUUUUCUGGCAAGACUCCACUCAAACCAAGGCUGUAUUUGGUAAUGAGUCGUAGGCAUGCGCUACACCAGACUGCUUUCUUAGGGCCUGUGCAGUCUUUGAAACCUUUCACAGAUGGCCAGAUAAAAACGUAUCCCAAAUCAGUUACUGCUCAGUCUUGGCCUUAUCACCUCUGCAUGCUCAAGAUAUCUACAGAGGUGGUCCUCUGGUGGUCAGCUGGUAGAGCACGCGCUUGUAACGCCAAGGUAGUGGGUUCGAUCCCCGGGACCACCCAUACACAAAAAUUUAUGCACGCAUGACUGUAAGUCGCUUUGGAUAAAAGCGUCUGCUAAAUGGCAUAUUAUUAUUAUUAUACAGAGGUGCAUGGAAGGGAGAUCUCUCUUGCUGAUUAGUGACUUUCUUAACAUGUGCUUUUUUUGUGCUCCCCUAUCCCUUCAAAACAGUUUUUCCAGUGUCUUUCCAAAGGAUGAUGAUGCCUAGUAAAUGUCCUUAAGACUAAUCCUGUUGAUGACUGGCUCAAAAAAGCGGUUGUUUUGACAGACAGACCAAAGGCAGAGCUGUUUUUGUAUGCACACUCACUGGGCUUAUUCACUUGGUGGGCUGUGUAAGCUGUAAACUCUGCUGGCUGGCCGGUCGUCUCUUGCAGCUAACGAGGCGUAGGGUGUGAUUAUAACCUGAUUAUAAUGCGAUUAGUUUACUGUCUGCCAUGCAGGGCCCCAUCCGGAGCCCUGAGCCCUGCUGACUCGCAGGUUUCAGUCCCGCCUGACUUGACCUGUCAGAAUCACUCGGAUUCAGCUAAUUUACUGCCAUUAUCUAACUAGUUUGGGCCUCCCAUCCCCCCUGCUCCAUUGAUCGGCGCCAUAGCCCAAAGGUUUAGUCCUCUGUCCUCUCUGGGAAAACAUGUUGAUCCUAGUUUGGCAUCGAAUAGAAUAGCCCCCCCCCCCCCCCCCCCCCAUCAACCCCAAACUAGAUGAGGAAUUCAAUAACUAACAGCCCUCUGGCUGGAUUACCUUCAGCAGCCUCUCCCCAUAUUUUUUUCUCUCCAUCUCUCAAUGUUUAAUCAAAGCGGAGUGAUUCAAGGUAAAGUUAAUCUGACACCCUUUUCUCUCUCUCUGUCUUUCGCUCGCUUGCUCUGUGUGUUGAGCAGCAGGCCCAGAGGAGAGUCCUUGAGGAGCAGCAUGCUGCUGGCACUGGCAAAGGGACCCCAGGAGUGGCUGCUGUGGCCGCCCCCCCUGUUAAUGUCAAAGAAGUGGCAAAGUGUCCCAAGCUUGUCCCCAUACAGACUCAAGUAGUAAGCGUCCCCGUUGUAGCGCUGCUGGCCCCAGUCAAAGUACCGGAGCCUAAACCUGUGGUGGCGGCGGUAGAGGCUGAAGUGGUGGCAGCAGAGGUUGAAGUUGAGGCACCAGUCGAAGCUCCAGUAGAGGCUGAAGUGGUGGCAGCAGAGGUUGAAGUUGAGGCACCAGUCGAAGCUCCAGUAGAGGCUGAAGUGGUGGCAGCAGAGGUUGAAGUUGAGGCACCAGUCGAAGCUCCAGUAGAGGCUGAAGAAGCCACAUUGGAGGUCGAAGCCCCAAUUGAAACCCCAGAUGUGGUCGACGGCCCAGUCGAAGCCCCAGAAGAAGUCCCAGUUGUAGAAGUGGAAGUCCCAGCAGAAGCUCCAGUGGGGCCCCCUACAGAAGAAACUUCAGCAGUGCAGGAGGUUGAAGAAAGCGUCAUUCCAAAGACGGAGCUAGUAAUGGAGGUAAAGGCCCUCUCCCAUUUUUUAUUUGUUUGCGGACGGAGAGUAUAUGGGGUCAGGUGCAGUUUCUGGUGUAUUGGGAAGGGACUGGGAGGUGGCAGUAAGAGAACAGUGUGUUCUAUUUAAGAGGCUGUGCAUGUACACAGAGAGUGGGCAGGGCCUCUGUUGCAGUCUCUAUAUAUUAUUGGGUACAUUAACACGGUCUACAGUAAAGGAUUAUUUGUCUGUUUUUAAAACUGAUUUCAGGAGAUUGUGGUGAGAGUAAUUGGAUAAAAUGAGAUUGAUGACGUUUCUCUAGAGCUGUACAGAUGUAAGAUCUUAAUUUGAGCCAGUUUGCUACAGCAGGAAAAUAAUCCUGCAACAAGAGGAAAUUUGAAUUAUUAUGUGGAUUAUAAUUAAUGGAAAUAUUUGUAGGGGUUGAUACAUUUUUCAUACUGGAAAAAUAAGUUUGAAAUUUCAAAGUGGAAAUUACAAACUUCAGAAGUCUUUUUAAACCUCAAAUGCACUACGUGUUUAAAAUGUCCUGCAUUGCAGGAAAGUUUCCUGCAACGGGGUGAUCAAAUUAAGAUCCUACAUCUGUAUUAAGGUUUUGUGAUGGAUCAGGUUAGCUAACACUUUCCCCUACACAUGAUUUGGUGUUUAUUGCAGGUCGCAAGUAGCUUUAUCCUUUUGUGUGGAAGUUUCAAUCCUAUGAAUGUUAAAUGUUGGUAGUGUAUCAUCGUAAUAAUUUAGUUUAUGCAGCUGUUUAUGAGUCUUGUUCAGUGUCCUGUGUUGGAAAUGUGUACGGUGCUUGUUGGCAUUUGUUCAGCUGCUAUAGUGUCUCUAAAGUGCCUCCCUCGCUGUAGCUAAGUUAUGUACACAUGGCAUGUGUGUGCUCACAUGUAUGUGAGUGUGUGGAGAGCGGGAUGAGGGGGUGGUUAUACACGAUGAUGGGCUCUUGGUCAGCCGAUAGAGUAAAAUGCCUAUUUUCCCCAGCCCUAUGCUGCUGCACAUACCAUAGACAUGCCAAAUACGCCUUAGACCUAUACGCACAAGCUUUCAUUAAAGUACUUUAGGCGCAUCCACACACAUAGUGGAUGUGUUAUACACACUCAGUAUCAGGAUAGUUUUAUUGAGUUGGUGAGAUUGCAAAUCCUUACACACUUAACAUAGGAGCGCUGAGACACGUGCACACACACAUCCAUACACCGUGUUGGUAGAGAAAGAGUGGACAGUUGGUGGCUCUGGUCAGUCGGUUGUGGUGUCUUCACCAUGGGCCUCAUAUUCAGCUGGCUGUGGGGGCCGAGAGGCCACCCCACUACUGGACGUCACCAUGGAGACACAGGUGAGCCCCCCUCUCAGAUGGGUGGUGUGGUCGGCUUAUCCUGGAGUGAGGGGACAGGGCAUCGGAGGCAGAACAUUUUGUACCAGGCAGCAUUCUUUCUUUGCUCCAAUAGCUCCCUCCUCCUUUCCCACUCUUCCCUUCUUGUGUGUUUGUGUUUGCUUAUGGGGCCCCUAUAGAGGAGCACUUUCUGCCUGGCACGUGUUUUCUCUGAAGGAGGGGCCAGUGGAUGCACAUGAGUAGAUCAUGUCGUGUUGUAACUGGUUGAUGCCGUAGGGGUGGGAGGAGACAGAAUCUUAGGUGGAAGUGGAGUUUUGGGGAGGGGUACUGCCAAUGGAGAGAUGUUGAGUCUUUCAACAAAAGGAGUGUGGGGGCAUGGAUGUCUCGGGGGUCCAUGCUGCCUGCCUGCCUGGCAGAUGGAUUGAUCACCUGGUGCCUCUACACGUGAGGCAGACGCCUGGAGUUUGCUAAACGGCAUUGGCACUUGGAUUGGAACUGGUGCUUUGGUCAGAUUACAUGAAAAUUGAGCUCUUUGGCCACGCACACCAGUGGUGGGUUUGGCGUCGAAAUGAGAAUGCAUAAGCAGAAAAUAACCCCAUACCUACUGUAAAAUAUGGAUAUUUGAUGUUAUGGGGCUAUUUGGUUUCCACUGGUCCUGGGGCCCUUGUUAAGGUCAACAACAUCAUGAACUUUACUCAGUACCAGGACAUUUUAGCCAAAAACCUGGUUGCCUCUGUCAGUAGGCUGAAACCUGGCCACAAGUGGAUCUUUCAGCAAGACAAUAACCCCAAGCACACAUCAAAAUCCACAAAGAAAUUGUUAAUUGGCCACAAAAUCAACAUGAAACCCAUUGAAAAUCUGUGGUUUGAAUUGAAGAGGGCAGUCCAUAAGUGCAGACAAAGGAUAUCAAGAAACUCUGAAGGAUUUUGUAUGGAGGAAUGGUAUAAGAUCCCUCCCAAUGUGUUCUCCAACUCAUAAAACAUUUUAGAAAAAGGCUCGGUGCUGUUAUCCUCGCAAGGUGAGGUAUUGAAAACGUGUCAAUAAUUUGGACCCCUACUGUUUUCAGAAAAAAUAUAUAUUACUUGUUAAACAAAAUCUCUUUCUCUGAGCAAUUGUAUUAGUAUGAAAUAAUAUAAUUUCCCAUAAUUUUUUUUGCAUACAAUAUAGCUCAGUAUUUGAAUUAUACUGAACAAAAAUAUAAACGCAUCAUGCAACAAUUUCAACGAUUGUACUGAGUUACAGUUCAUAUACAGUGCCUUGCAAAAGUAUUCAUCCCCCUUGGCAUUUUUCCUAUUUUGUUGCAUUACAAUCUGUAAUUUAAAUGGAUUUUUAUUUGGAUUUCAUGUAAUGGACACACAAAAUAGUCCAAAUUGGUGAAGUGAAAUGAAAAAAAAUAACUUGUUUCAAAAAAGUGGUGCGCGCAUAUGUAUUCACCCUCUUUGCUGUGAAGCCCCUAAAUAAGAUCUGGUGCAACCAAUUACCUUCAGAAGUCACAUAAUUAGUUUAAAAAGUCCACCUGUGUGCAAUCUAAGUGUCACAUGAUCUGUCACAUGAUCUCAGUAUAUAUACACCUGUUCUGAAAGGCCCCAGAGUCUGCACCACCAAGCAAGCGGCACCAUGAAGACCAAGGAGCUCUCCAAACAGGUCAGGGACAAAGUUGUGGAGAAGUACAGAUCAGGGUUGGGUUAUAGAAAAAUAUCAGAGACUUUGAACAUCCCACGGAGCACCAUUACAUCCAUUAUUUAAAAAAAUGGAAAGAAUAUGGCACCACAACAAACCUGCCAAGAGAGGGCCGCCCACCAAAACUCACAGACCAGGCAAGGAGGGCAUUAAUCAGAGAGGCAACAAAGAGACCAAAGAUAACCCUUAAGCAGCUGCAAAGCUCCACAGUGGAGAUUGGAGUAUCUGUCGAAAGGACCACUUUAAGCCGUACACUCAACAGAGCUCGGCUUUACGGAAGAGUGGCCAGAAAAAAGCCAUUGCUUAAAGAAGAAAAUAAGCAAACACGUUUGGUGUUCGCCAAAAAGCAUGUGGGAGACUCCCCAAACAUAUGGAAGAAGGUACUCUGGUCAGAUGAGCCUAAAAUUGAGCUUUUUGGCCAACAAGGAAAACGCUAUGUCUGGCGCAAAGCCAACACCUCUCAUCACCCCGAGAACACCAUCCCGACAGUGAAGCAUGGUGGUGGUGGCAGCAUCAUGCUGUGGGGAUGUUUUUCAUAAGCAGGGACUGGGAAACUGGUCAGAAUUGAGGGAAUGAUGGAUGGCGCUAAAUACAGGGAAAUUCUUGAGGGAAACCUGUUUCACUCUUCCAGAGAUUUGAGACUGGGACGGAGGUUCACCUUCCAGCAGGACAAUGACUCUAAGCAUACUGCUAAAGCAACACUUGAGUGGUUUAAGGGGAAACAUUUACAGUUGAAGUCAGAAGUUUACAUACACUUAGUUUGUAGUCAUUAAAACUCGUUUUUUUCAACCACUCCACACAUUUUUGGUUAACAAACUAUACAUUUACAUUUUACAUUUACAUCAUUUAGCAGACGCUCUUAUCCAGAGCGACUUACAAAUGGGUGCAUUCACCUUAUAGCCAGUGGGAUAACCACUUAACAAAUUUUUUUUUUUUUUUUUUUUGGGGGGGGGGGGGGGGGGGGGGGGGGGGGGGGGUUAGAAGGAUUACUUUAUCCUAUCCCAGGUGUUCCUUAAAGAGGUGGAUAGUUUUGGCAAGUCGGUUAGGACAUCUGCUUUGUGCAUGACACAAGUAAUCUUUCCAAAAAUUGUUUACAGACAGAUUAUUUCACUUAUAAUUCACUGUAUCACAAUUCCAGUGGGUCAGAAGUUUAUAUACACUAAGUUGACAGUGCCUUUAAACAGCUUGGAAAAUUCCAGAAAAUGAUGGCUAAUUGACAUCAUUUCAGUCAAUUGAAGGUGUACCUGUGGAUGUAUUUCAAGGCCUACCUUCAAACUCAGUGCCUCUUUGCUUGACAUCAUGGGAAAAUCAAAAUAAAUCAGCCAAGACCUCAGCAAAAAAUGUUUAGACCUCCACAAGUCUGGUUCAUAAUUGGGAGAAAUUUCCAAACGCCUGAAGGUACCACAUUCAUCUGUACAAACAAUAGUAUGCAAGUAUAAACACCAUGGGACCACGCAGCCGUCAUACCGCUCAGGAAGGAGACACGUUCUGUCUCCUAGAGAUUAACAUACAUUGGUGCGAAAAGUGCAAAUCAAUCCCAGAACAACAGCAAAGGACCUUGUAAAGAUGCUGGAGGAAACAGGUACAAAAGUAUCUAUAUCCACAGUAAAACGAGUCCUAUAUCGACAUAACCUGAAAGGCCGCUCCGCAAGGAAGAAGCCACUGCUCCAAAACUGCCAUAAAAAAGCCAGACUACGGUUUGCAACUGCACAUGGGGACAAAGAUCGUACUUUUUGGAGAAAUGUCCUCUUGUCUGAUGAAACAAAAAUAGAAUCGUUUGCCCAUAAUGACCAUCAUUAUGUUUGGAGGAAAAAGGGGGUUGCUUGCAAGCCGAAGAACACCAUCCCAACCGUGAAGCACGGAGGUGGCAACAUCAUGCUGUGGGGGUACUUUGCUGCAGGAGGGACUGGUGCACUUCACAAAAUAGAUGGCAUCAUGAGGAAGGAAAAUGAUGUGGAUAUAUUGAAGCAACAUCUCAAGACAUCAGUCAGGAAGUUAAAGCUUGGUCGCAAAUGGGUCUUCCAAAUGGACAAUGACCCCAAGCAUACUUCCAAAGUUGUGCCAAAAUGGCUUAAGGACAACAAAGUCAAGGUAUUGGAGUGGCCAUCACAAAGCCCUGACCUCAAUCCUAUAGAACAUUUGUGGGCAGAACUGAAAAAGUGUGUGCGAGCAAGGAGGCCUACAAACCUGACUCAGUUACACCAGCUCUGUCAGGAGGAAUGGGCCAAAAUUCACCCAACUUAUUGUGGGAAGCUUGUGGAAGGCUACCCAAAACGUUUGACCCAAGUUAAACAAUUUAAAGGCAAUGCUACCAAAUACUAAUUGAGUGUAUGUAAACUUCUGACCCACUGGGAAUGUGAUGAAAGAAAUAAAAGCAGAAAUAAAUCAUUCUCUCUACUAUUAUUCUAACGUUUCACAUUCUUAAAAUAAAGUGGUUAUCCUAACUGACCUAAGACAUGGAUUUUUUACUAGGAUUAAAUGUCAGGAAUUGUGAAAAGCUGAGUUUAAAUGUAUUUGGCUAAGGUGUAUAUAAACUUCCGACUUCAACUGUAAAUGUCUUGGAAUGGCCUAGUCAAAGCCCAGACCUCAAUCCAAUUGAGAAUCUCUGGUAUUAUUUAAAGAUUGCUGUACACCAGCGGAACCCUUCCAACUUGAAGGACCUGGAGCAGUUUUCUCUUGAAGAAUGGGCAAGAAUCCCAGUGGAUAGAUUUGCCAAGCUUAUAGAGACAUAGCCCGAGAGAUUUGCAGCUGUAAUUGCUGCAAAAGGUGGCUUUUCAAAGUAUUGACUUUGGGUGUGGUGAAUAGUUAUGCACGCUCAAGUUUUAUGUUUUUUUGUCUUAUUUCUUGUUUGUCUCACAAUAAAAAAGAUUUUGCAUCUUCAAAGUGGUAGGCAUGUUGUGUAAAUCAAAUGAUACAAACCCCCCAAAAAUCAAUUUUAAUUCCAGGUUGUAAGGCAACAAAAUAGGACAAAUGCCAAGGGGGGUGAAUACUUUCGCAAGCCACUGUAAGGAAAUCAGUCAAUUGAAAUAAAUUAAUUUGGCCCUGGGCAGGGGUGCAGCCAUGUGUUUUGCGUUCUGAGAUGCCGUUCUGCACACCACUGUUGUACUGCGCCAUUAUUUGUCUGUUUGUGGCCGCUUGUACGAUUCUUACCAUUCUCCCUUGACCACUCAUCAACGAGCUGUUUUCGCCCACAGGACUGCCGAUGAAUGGAUGUUUUUAUUUGUAGCACCAUCCUCACCCUGAGAAUGCGUGAAAAGCCCAGGAGGGUGGCCGUUUCUGAGGUCACUUGUUUUGCCCAUUCUAACGUUCAAUCGAACAGUAACUGAAUGCCUGUCUGCCUGCUUUAUAUAGCAAGUCACGGCCACGUGACUCACUGUCUGUAGAAGAGAUACAUUUUCGUGAUGUACCUAAUAAGCUGUCCGGUGAGUGUAUACCCCCAUAUCACACACUGACAAACUGAAAACACAACGUGUGGACAAUUAAUUGGUUAGAGAGGUCUCAUAUCACUUUAAUUUGUAUCUUUAGAAUCGAGGCAAAGUUGGUUCCUGUUUCAGUCACGUCUUUGGCCAACGAUGGUCAACGACUUGACAAAAGUGAUCCACUCGAAUGCGCCCAAUGGGUUGGGGAGAUGGAGAGGGCCAAGAUGGCUGCCCCUUUCGUGUUCCAAGCGUCCUCGUAACCUCCAUCUUGAACUUUGUUCUCUUCUCUCGGCCUGACAUGGAGAGAAGAGGAGGGGGCGUGGCAGCUUGUCUUGCGUGUUUGCACCCCUAGUGUGUUUUCCAAGGGAAGGUUUAUGAAAUGAACAUGAUGCCCCAAACCAGAACAACUUUGCUGCUCUGCCACUCUAUGGGGCUAGUUUGACCUCAUACAGUGGGGGAAAAAAGUAUUUAGUCAGCCACCAAUUAUGCAAGUUCUCCCACUUAAAAAGAUGAGAGAGGCCUGUAAUUUUCAUCAUAGGUACACGUCAACUAUGACAGACAAAAUGAGGAAAAAAAAUCCAGAAAAUCACAUUGUAGGAUAUUUAAUGAAUUUAUUUGCAAAUUAUGGUGGAAAAUAAGUAUUUGGUCAAUAACAAAAGUUUCUCAAUACUUUGUUAUAUACCCUUUGUUGGCAAUGACACAGGUCAAACGUUUUCUGUAAGUCUUCACAAGGUUUUCACACACUGUUGCUGGUAUUUUGGCCCAUUCCUCCAUGCAGAUCUCCUCUAGAGCAGUGAUGUUUUGGGGCUGUCGCUGGGCAACACGGACUUUCAACUCCCUCCAAAGAUUUUCUAUGGGGUUGAGAUCUGGAGACUGGCUAGGCCACUCCAGGACCUUGAAAUGCUUCUUACGAAGCCACUCCUUCGUUGCCCGGGCGGUGUGUUUGGGAUCAUUGUCAUGCUGAAAGACCCAGCCACGUUUCAUCUUCAAUGCCCUUGCUGAUGGAAGGACGUUUUCACUCAAAAUCUCACGAUACAUGGCCCCAUUCAUUCUUUCCUUUACACGGAUCAGUCGUCCUGGUCCCUUUGCAGAAAAACAGCCCCAAAGCAUGAUGUUUCCACGCCCAUGCUUCACAGUAGGUAUGGUGUUCUUUGGAUGCAACUCAGCAUUCUUUGUCCUCCAAACACGACGAGUUUAGUUUUUACCAAAAAGUUCUAUUUUGGUUUCAUCUGACCAUAUGACAUUCUCCCAAUCCUCUUCUGGAUCAUCCAAAUGCACUCUAGCAAACUUCAGAUGGGCCUGGACAUGUACUGGCUUAAGCAGGGGGACACGUCUGGCACUGCAGGAUUUGAGUCCCUGGCGGCGUAGUGUGUUACUGAUGGUAGGCUUUGUUACUUUGGUCCCAGCUCUCUGCAGGUCAUUCACUAGGUCCCCCCGUGUGGUUCUGGGAUUUUUGCUCACCGUUCUUGUGAUCAUUUUGACCCCACGGGGUGAGAUCUUGCGUGGAGCCCCAGAUCGAGGGAGAUUAUCAGUGGUCUUGUAUGUCUUCCAUUUCCUAAUAAUUGCUUCCACAGUUGAUUUCUUCAAACCAAGCUGCUUACCUAUUGCAGAUUCAGUCUUCCCAGCCUGGUGCAGGUCUACAAUUUUGUUUCUGGUGUCCUUUGACAGCUCUUUGGUCUUGGCCAUAGUGGAGUUUGGAGUGUGACUGUUUGAGGUUGUGGACAGGUGUCUUUUAUACUGAUAACAAGUUCAAACAGGUGCCAUUAAUACAGGUAACGAGUGGAGGACAGAGGAGCCUCUUAAAGAAGAAGUUACAGGUCUGUGAGAGCCAGAAAUCUUGCUUGUUUGUAGGUGACCAAAUACUUAUUUUCCACCAUAAUUUGCAAAUAAAUUCAUUAAAAAUCCUACAAUGUGACUUUCUGGAAUUAUUUUUUUUUCUCAAUUUGUCUGUCAUAGUUGACGUGUACCUAUGAUGAAAAUUACAGGCCUCUCAUCUUUUUAAGUGGGAGAACUUGCACAAUUGGUGGCUGACUAAAUACUUUUCCCCCCACUGUUUCUAUUUACAUAUAGCAGUCAGUGAAUAUGUAUAUUAAUAACGACUUCUUUCUCUCUACCUCUUCCAGGCCGCAUCCAUCCCUGAGGCUCCCGUGUCAGCUCCUGCCGAAUUUGAGGUAAACCUCCCCUCCCCUACCCUUUCCUCAACUCCCUGAACUAUUUCCCCACAUCAUCUGCUGUUGCUCAAACAUUGUUCUGGUGGAGCGGCAGAGUCUGAACAAAGGACAAGCCUUUCUACAGAAAUGUGUUUAUACUAGUAUGACGCCAGCUUCCCACCCUUUCACUACCACAGUGUGGUCAACAACUACCCCUCCUUCUGCAUUUAGUUGGGCCAUACAUAGUAAUAUCCCCUUUCGGUACUCUUUAUUUUAUAAAUGUGUAGACUAACUCCUUGUCGUCCCUAUUCAGGUCCAGGUUGAAGACUCCGUAGCCAUUACCACAGAGAUUGCACAGGUAAAAGCCUAUCUUUGUCAUUCGUCUGUCUCUGUGUGUGUGUGUGCAAUAUGAAAAAUAUAUAGUGCAUGCGAUUUUAGUCCAAGUGAUUCUGGUGCAUGGUAGAAUCUGUAGGUAGUCUAUGGUACAUUAGGUGAGUGUUUCAGUAGUACUGUGUGUAUAUCACCCAUAGUGCCGUUGCAUGUUUAUUUAGUUUUUGUGUGGCGUAUUUGACUGUGUUCCACUGCAUGUUUAGACGCAUGACGAGCCGUUGGUCAAGGCCGACGUGGAGGCUGAAAUAGUUGCCGAGGUCCAAGCGGAGGUCGAGACAGUAGUCGAGCCAGAACCAGGGCCAGUGGUCGAGGCCGACGCUGCCCCAGUAGUGGAAACUGAAGUUGAAAUUGAAGAGGUGGUGAUCGACGCAGAGGACAGUCCUGUGAUUGAAGCUGAGGUCAUUCCUAUGGUCGACACAGGUGCCAUUCCUGAAGAAGUUGAAGUAGAGGAGGCCCCAGUCGUCACAGAGGUGCUACAUCAUGCUAACGUGCUACGUCGCUAACGACCCUUCUCUGCUCUCACGCCUCUGCCUUUCCUGAAGACGCUCAACUCAAGUCCUUUGUUCUUUUGCGUGAUGUUGUGUGUGAUCGUGUGUGGUUUGCUCUGUUCCUUCCCCUUUCUCUUUCUCUUAAACAGCGUUCAGAAAAAGCAUAUUUGAUUGGAUGAGUCUUUAAUUAGUAAUUUCUCCUCGUUCCAGGAUGAGCCUGUCAUGACAGAGGCACCUGAAGAGGUUCCAGUUGUAAGCAGACAUUUCUCACUACUUUAUUAUUGUACAAAUCUCUAGAUGCCACUAGAUCCAUUUCCUAAGCGUUCGUGUCAGCUCAUUGCAGCCUGGGCUUUUGAGCUAGUGAUUGCUGCUAAUAGUAAGGCUAUGGCUCUCCCUAGUGGACAGCUGGAGCACUUCGCAAAUUUUACACUUCAGUGUUUGCUCCCCUGGUCGUGCCUGUAUUGACCAAUGAUAGAUUUUUUUGUGUUGCCUAAUUUUUGCUUUGGAAUCAAACUGACUCUCUCUUCCCAGGAAACAGAAAUUAUCCCAGAAACGCCGUCGGAGCCCGUGGAAGCCCCAGUUGAAGCCCCCGUAGCCGAGGUCGCUCCCUCAGAACCCCUUGGAGAGGUAAGGCUGACCAACGCAUGGCAUUAAGCCUGCUCAGUCCUAGGGGUGUGAACGUUAAACGAAAUUGGGACGUUAACUUUAAGAAAAAAUACCUAACCGAAAAAGUUAUUCCGCAAAAUUUAAAUCCCAGUGCAGUUACAUUUACAUUUACAUUUACGUCAUUUAGCAGACACUCUUAUCCAGAGCGACUUACAAAUUGGUGCAUUCACCUUAUAGCCAGUGGGAUAACCACUUUACAAUAUGUUUUUUCUUUCUUUGGGGUGGGGUAAGGGGGGUAGAAGGAUUACUUUAUCCUAUCCCAGGUAUUCCUUAAAGAGGUGGGGUUUCAAGUGUCUCCGGAAGGUGGUGAGUGACUCCGCUGUCCUGGCGUCGUGAGGGAGCUUUUUCCACCAUUGGGGUGCCAGAGCAGCGAACAGUUUUGACUGGGCUGAGCGGGAACUGUGCUUCCGCAGAGGUAGGGGGGCCAGCAGGCCAGAGGUGGAUGAACGCAAUGCCCUCGUUUGGGUGUAGGGACUGAUCAGAGCCUGAAGGUACGGUGGUGCCGUUCCCCUCACAGCUCCGUAGGCAAGCACCAUGGUCUUGUAGCAGAUGCGAGCUUCAACUGGAAGCCAGUGGAGUGUGCGGAGGAGCGGGGUGACGUGAGAGAACUUGGGAAGGUUGAACACCAGACGGGCUGCGGCAUUCUGGAUGAGUUGUAGGGGUUUAAUGGCACAGGCAGGGAGCCCAGCCAACAGCGAGUUGCAGUAAUCCAGACGGGAGAUGACAAGUGCCUGUAUUAGGACCUGUGCCGCUUCCUGUGUAAGGCAGGGUCGUACUCUCCUAAUGUUGUAGAGCAUGAACCUACAGGAUCGGGUCACCGCCUUGAUGUUAGCGGAGAACGACAGGGUGUUGUCCAGGGUCACGCCAAGGCUCUUUGCACUCUGGGAGGAAGACACAACGGAGUUGUCAACCGUGAUGGCGAGAUCAUGGAACGGGCAGUCCUUCCCCGGGAGGAAGAGCAGCUCCGUCUUGCCGAGGUUCAGCUUGAGGUGGUGAUCCGUCAUCCACACUGAUAUGUCUGCCAGACAUGCAGAGAUGCGAUUCGCCACCUGGUUAUCAGAAGGGGGAAAGGAGAAGAUUAGUUGUGUGUUGUCUGCGUAGCAAUGAUAGGAGAGGCCAUGUGAGGAUAUGACAGAGCCAAGUGACUUGGUGUAUAGCGAGAAUAGGAGAGGGCCUAGAACUGAGCCCUGGGGGACCCCAGUGGUGAGAGCACGUGGUGCGGAGACAGAUUCUCACCACGCCACUUGGUAGGAGCGACCGGUCAGGUAGGACGCAAUCCAAGAGUGAGCCGCGCCAGAGAUGCCCAACUCAGAGAGGGUGGAGAGGAGGAUCUGAUGGUUCACAGUAUCAAAGGCAGCAGACAGGUCUAGAAGGACAAGAGCAGAGGAGAGAGAGUUAGCUUUAGCAGUGCGGAGAGCCUCCGUGACACAGAGAAGAGCAGUCUCAGUUGAAUGACCAGUCUUGAAACCUGACUGGUUUGGAUCAAGAAGGUCAUUCUGAGAGAGAUAGCAAGAGAGUUGGCUAAAUACGGCAUGCUCAAGAGUUUUGGAGAGAAAAGAAAGAAGGGAUACUGGUCUGUAGUUGUUGACAUCGGAGGGAUCGAGUGUAGGUUUUUUGAGAAGGGGUGCAACUCUCGCUCUCUUGAAGACGGAAGGGACAUAGCCAGCGGUCAAGGAUGAGUUGAUGAGUGAGGUGAGGUAAGGUCUCCGGAGAUGGUCUGGAGAAGAGAGGAGGGGAUAGGGUCAGGCGGGCAGGUUGUUGGGCGGCCGGCCGUCACAAGUCGCAAGAUUUCAUCUGGAGAGAGAGGGGAGAAAGAAGUCAAAGCAUAGGGUAGGGCAGUGUGAGCAGGACCAGUAGUGUCAUUUGACUUAACAAACGAGGAUCGGAUGUCGUCAACCUUCUUUGCAAAAUGGUUGACGAAGUCAUCCACAGAGAGGGAGGAGGGGGGGAGGGGGAGGAGGAUUCAGCAGGGAGGAGAAGGUGGCAAAGACCUUCCUAGGGUUAGAGGCAGAUGCUUGGAAUUUAGAGUGGAGUUAUCACUAAAUUAUCAUCAUAAAGGGAAAAAUGUAUAAUAAACAAAAACCUAAUGCAACAAUGCUGUAACGUUAGUAGAAGAUAUGCAUCUUUCAAAUUAUUUGCCAUGGAUAUAAAGUGUUUCGCUCGUCAACGUUAAGAUUGAAAAAGGCAAGCAACAGCAGCGAACCGCCUGCUCUGCACGCUGUUGUACACGUCGAUCCAGAGCAUCCCAAACAUGCUCAAUGUGUGACAUGUCUGAAUCAGUGGAGGCUCCUCAGAGGAGGAAGGGGAGGACCAUCCUCAGUAAUUUUCUAACAUUAAAAAGUUUAUCCUUUUUAGAUAAAACUAUACUAAAUAUAAUCACGUCACCAAAUAAUUGAUUAAAACAUACUAUUUUGCAAUUAAGGUCUACAGUAGCCUCAAAACCACUCUGUAGGGCAGCACCAUGGUGUAGCCGGAGGACAGCUAGCUUCAGUCCUCCUCUGGGUACAUUGACUUCAAUACAAAACCUAGGAGGCUCAUGGUUCUCACCCACUUCCAUAGACUUACACAGUAAUUAUGACAACUUCCGGAGGACGUCCUCCAACCUAUCAGAGCUCUUGCAGAAUGAACUGACAUGUUGUCCACCCAAUCAAAGGAUCAGAGAAUGAAUCUAGUACUAAAAGUAAAAGAUACAGCUAGCUAGCACUGCAGUGCAUAAUAUAUGGUGAGUAGUUGACUCAAAGAGAAAGACAAUAGUUGAACAGUUUUGAACAAAUUCAUUUCUUCCAAAAUGAAGGAGAAGCAAGAAAGUGUCUUUUUUUUCUCCUUCCACUUUCAGUUUCACUUACUUAGCUAGCAAAUGCAGCUAUCUAGUUUAGCCUACUCAAACACCCUGCUCAAACAGAGGGAUGCUAUGUUAGCUAGCUGGCUAUGACUAUCCAACACAACACUGGAACUCUUCCAAGUCAAGGUAAGCUUUUGGUUUGACUAAUUUAUUGCCACCGGGGCCCACCGGUGUAAGCACUAAACUGCUUACUGACUACACUGUAACAUUACUGCAUGAUUGUAGCAGGUUUACUAACGCGUUAGUUAUAUUAGCUAUGUUGACUAUGACAUUACUUUAGCUAAUAUGGUGACAACGAUGUAGGCUGUGUGUAGCAGUUAUGAUAUGGUUUGGAAAGGUUUUUUCGCCUGGUCACAUACAGCUGAUGUGUUGUGCAUUGAUGUCCACAAGCGACGAAGGGAAAAGGUGAGAGGAGGAGAGCGCAUAGAUGCGAGAAGGAAUACAACGUGGCUGUUAUGAAAGUGAACUGUGAUCAGGUGUGUAUUCAUUAUGCCGAUUCUGUUGGAAAACGUUUCUUAAACGGAACAAAAUGGGGAUAAACAUACCUGAAUUUGUCUAAUAGAAACUCUUGUUUGCAACUGUUGGACUAAUGAUUACACCCUAUAUCAGCUUGAUGCAGGCAAGAGUGUGGAAGGCGGUAUUGAAUGUGUCACUGUCUGUCCAUGUGUCACCUCAAUUUUUUAUCUCGACCUGUGUGCACCUACGUUGUAAACUUUCAUUCAUAGGCUAGGUUGUAGCAACCUCAUGAUGGGUAUAAGAAAAAUGUGAGUAUCAUAUAGUAGCCUAAACCUAUUGCUGUUACAUUGAACUGGGUGAAUGGAAUAUGAAUGACAGACAUCCAAUAUGCUGUAAUAGGAAUUAGGCCAUGCUCUUGAAAAAAAAAAAAAUCCUCCCUCAUCUUAAACGGCACUGACUGCCACUGGUCUGAAUAUGAAGGCCAUGGAAGUUCUGGGACAUUUUGAGCUUCCAGGAAUUGUGUACAGAUCCUUGCAACAUGGGGCUGUGCAUUAUUAUGCUGAAAUAUGAGGUGAUGGUGGCGGAUUAAUGACACGACAAUGGGCCUCAGGAUCUUGUCACGGCAUCUCUGUGCAUUUAAAUUGCCAUCGAUAAAAUGCAAUUGUGUUCGUUGUCCAUAGUUUAUGCCUGCCCAUACCAUAACCCCACCGCCAACAUGGGGCACUCUGUUCACAACAUUGACAUCAGCAAACCGCUUUCCCACACAACGACAUACACGCCAUCUGCCCAGUACAGUUGAAAACAAGAUUCAUCUGUGAAGAGCACACUUCUCCAGCAUGUCAGUGGCCAUCGAAGGUGAGCAUUUGCCCACUGAUGUCUGUUACGAAGCCGAACUGCAGUCAGGUUAAGACCCUGGUGAGGACAACGAGCAUGCAGAUGAACUUCCCUGAGAUGGUUUUUGACAGUUUGUGCAGAAAGUCUUCGGUUGUGCAAAACCACAGUUUCAUCAGCUGUCCGGGAGGCUGGUCUCAGAUGAUCCCGCAGGUGAAGAAGACGGAUGUGGAGGUCCUGGGCUGGCGUGGUUACGCGUGGUCUGCAGUUGUGAGGCCGGUUGGACGUACUGCCAAAUUCUCUAAAACGACGUUGGAGGCAGCUUAUGGUAGAGAAAUGAACAUUCAAUUCUCUGGCAACAGCUCUGGUGGACAUUCCUGCAGUCAGCAUACCAAUUGCACGCUCCCUCAACUUGAGACAUCUGUGGCAUUACAAAACUGCACAUUUUAGUUACCUUUAAUUGUCCCCAGCACAAGGUGCACCUGUGCAAUGAUCAUGCUGUUUAGUCAGCUUCUUGAUAUGCCAUAUCUGUCAGGUGGAUGGAUUAUCUUGGCAAAGGAGAAAUGCUCACUAACAGGGAUGUAAACAAAUUUGUGCACAACAUUUGAAAUAAAUACAUUUUCUGUGCAUAUGGAACAUUUCUGGAAUAUUUUAUUUCAGCCGAUGAAACAUGAGACCAAAUCGCUUGCAGACUUGAAUGAUUUACUAUCGAACACAACAAGUGGCCACUCGACAAAAGGCUUAGGGGCAAAGUGUUGGGUUUGAGAUUCAGCCUUUGACUGCAGUAGAUAGAACUUCAUUGCCCCCAUACGUAAUUGGACCAUAUUCUGCAUUGUGAAUUCACAUUGAAUUUUAUGAAAUUUUUAUGGAAAACCGAUAAAUGGCCGUUUAAACACCAAUAAUGUUUUCCCAUUUGUCACAUCCCUACUCAGUCCCUUUACUUUUCUCAGUAAGAAAGGAGAAAUGGAAGUUAAGUUAGAAUUUGUCUAUGCUCUCCAGGCCCCAGUAGACCCUGUCAUCGAUAGAGUGGCCGACGACUUUGUCGUCACAGAAUCUGUCCUCACUGUCGAGGCAGCCAUGGCUGAGCCUGCCAUCGAGGAGCAGGUGAGACUCACGCUCCGAUCAUACCUACUCUUAACACAUACACACAAGGAUGUCGUUUUGGCACACCUUUAAAUCACCUGCUGACGUCCCGUCAAGUCUGACUGCGUGUCAUCUGUGUUCAGGUGCCCGCAGUCCCAACAGAUGCACUUGAAGCCCUAUCGGAGUCGCGGAACGACGUCCAUCCAGUACCUGAGCCCGCCCCUGUCACAGCUGAUGAAGUCAUCGACGUGAGUCUUCCUACUUUUCUCUAUGCAGAGACUGAGGUGCCCAAUGUCAGAUGUAGUUUUGGUAGAGCAGACAUGAGACACACACACACACACACACACAGACUUACUCCUGUAACCCCGUUGUCUGGUUGGUCUCAGAAGGCAGAGUGUGAGGAGGAAGAGGUGACAAAGAUGGGGGAGAGAGACUACACACUUCCACCCGAUUACCGGCCCUCUCCGGAGGACCUGCUGGUCAGAGUUAAACCAUAAUAACCUACAAGCUUCUCAUCUACUCAGACUCAUUUAUAAUAAUGACUCAAAUCAACUCUUUACGCAACCACCUUGCUAUAUUAAGCACUAACAUACGAUCAAACACUUGGGUGUAGGCUAUCCCCUCAUUUGAAUGCUCUCGCACAUUUUGAAACGUGCCCAUCCAGGGGUUCUUGUUUCCUCAUGGGUUUCUCUUUGGAUCAAACCUCCCUCCUUGUGGUCUUCCUUUUUACAUUCUGUUCAUUCCCUGGGCUGUGGGUUGCUCCAGCUCCUUUUAUUGCAUUGGGCAUGCCAUGUACUGUAGUGGGUGGGACUACUGGCUUAGUUGUGCGCUCAACAUUGACUGAGUGUAUUUCCUUUGCAGGCUACAGAGGAAAUUGAAGCCCAGAUGGAAAUUGAGGCCAAAAAGGACGCCAUUGAUGAGAAUACUGCCCUGGAUGUCCUCUCUGGAGAUUUCUCAGCCCCCCAGCCUGUCAUCUCAGAACUGCAGUGUCACACGCAGCUUACCUCCACGCCCGUAGAGCUCGCCACCAGGGUAAGAGCCUAUAGUGACACUACUGUAUCCAACUCUCCAAAACAAUUACAAUCUGUCUUUACAUGUAUUGUAAAUCAACCACCUCCUUUCUUACAUUCCAAUCUAAACCCCUCCCUUGUUCUUUAGGAUAUCCCAGCAGAGGCAGCACUGAAUGGACACAUGGCAACUGAGGUGGCCAUUGAGGGAUAG